CCUGCAUUGUUUUGCUUCUCAAAACAAGCAAAAGAUUUACAUUUUUUACAUAGCUUCAUAUUCUCACCCAAAGUUCAGAAAUGGAGCGGCUUUCGUCGGCAGCGAUUAUUCCAGACUCGUUUAUAGGCGCAAGAGAUGAUAUUUUCAUGCAAUUUGGGUUGGUAUGGAACAUGAUCAAGGAGCCGUUGAUCAUUCCUCUGCUGAGAAUGGCAGUGGCUAUGUGCUUGGUCAUGUCGGUUAUGAUCUUCGCCGAGAGGCUUUACAUGGGCGUCGUCAUUAUUCUGGUACAUGUUUUCGGGCGAAAACCGGAGAAGCGAUACAAAUGGGAGCCCAUCAAAGAUGAUGUUGAGUUGGGAAGCUCGAAUUAUCCCAUGGUUCUGGUCCAAAUCCCCAUGUUCAAUGAAAGAGAGGUUUAUCAACUCUCAAUCGGAGCUUGUUGUUCGCUAACAUGGCCUUCUGAUAGACUCAUCAUUCAAGUCCUUGAUGAUUCAACAGACCCAACUUGCAAGGCCAUGGUAGAGCGAGAGUGCCAAAGAUGGGCAGGCAAAGGCAUAAACAUCAAGUACGAAAUCAGAGACAACAGAACAGGGUACAAAUCAGGGGCUCUCAAAGAAGGCCUGAAGCGCAGCUACGCCAAAAACUGCGAUUACGUCGCCAUUUUCGACGCCGACUUUCAACCGGAGCCGGAUUUCCUCUCUCGCAGCAUUCCCUUCUUCGUCCACAAUCCCAAUGUCGCUCUUGUUCAGGCUCGCUGGAGAUUCGUGAACAAUAAUGAGUGCUUGAUGACAAGAUUUCAAGAAAUGUCACUGGACUAUCAUUUCAAAAUUGAACAAGAAGUGGGCUCUUCCACACAUGCAUUCUUUGGGUUCAAUGGGACUGCUGGUGUGUGGAGAAUUGCUGCAAUCAAUGAGGCUGGAGGAUGGAAGGAUCGGACCACGGUGGAAGAUAUGGAUCUAGCUGUUCGAGCAAGCCUCAAAGGGUGGAAAUUUGUAUAUCUUGGUACUCUGCAGGUGAAGAGUGAAUUGCCAAGUACUUUCAAGGCCUUCCGCCACCAGCAACAUAGGUGGUCUUGUGGUCCGGCUAAUCUAUUCAAGAAAAUGGUGAUGGAAAUUAUAACAAACAAGAAAGUAUCAGUAUGGCAGAAAGUUCAUGUGAUCUACAGCUUCUUCUUCGUUAGGAAGAUCAUUGCACACAUCUUUGCAUUUUUCUUCUAUUGCAUUGUCUUGCCAGCAACUAUUUUGGUGCCUGAAGUUACCGUACCAAAGUGGGGAGGAGUUUACAUCCCUACCAUCAUUACCCUUCUUAAUUCAGUUGGCACUCCAAGAUCAAUCCACUUGGUGGUCUUCUGGAUCCUAUUCGAGAACGUCAUGUCCCUACACCGUACAAAAGCUACGAUCAUUGGUAUACUAGAGUUUAGUCGAGUGAAUGAAUGGAUCGUCACUGAAAAACUUGGAGAUUUUCUUAAGAAUAAAGUAGGAGCAAAAGCACCCAAAAAAUUUCGAUUGAAUAUUGGAGAUAGGCUUCAUUUCUUAGAGCUUGCUGUGGGAUGUUAUCUCUUCUUCUGUGCCUGUUAUGAUUUCGUCUUUGGCAAAGACAACUACUUCAUCUUCUUUUAUACCCAAUCCCUUGCCUUCUUUAUCAUGGGAUUUGGGUAUGUUGGGACAAUUGUUCCAACCUCUUAGUGGGACAGCCAAAGUGACUAAGGUCCUCUUCUUCAGCUAGGCAAUGUCAGCAUCAUUCAUUU